UCUAGUAAGUCGAUUAACGAAGAAAAGGGAAAAACCAUUGAGUUCGUAUAAAGUGCUAUAAGUGCAGUGUCUGCUGUUAGAAAAAUUUCUCAUCAUUCUUAGCCCUUCUCCAAAAGGAUCAAAAAAAAAAAAGAGCAAGUCAGACAGUCUUCGAUAACGAAGAUGCCAAUAACCAGGGGAAGGUCUCCUUAUUUCUUUGAGGGUUCUUCGUCUAUCGUGGCGAUAAUCAUUUGCUUAAUUGCCAUUACAGAAAGGACAUCAGCAAGAGAAUAUGAAAACAUAUGCGCUCGCGGGGACAUGUAUGAAGUAACGGGACACGGGACCUGCGCCUUGUGCACAAAUUGGUGUAAGAGCGAAUGUUCGAGGAUGGGAAGUUCGUCAGUGGUUGAGGAUAAGUGUGCACCUACUCUAGUCCCCGGUGCUGUUGGAUUUGAGUGCUUCUGUUGCUGUAAGAAUAUCAGACCUCUAUCAACUCCACCACCACCACCCUCUCCACCAUCUUCUUCAAAAUCUCCCCCAUCUCCUCCAUCCUCACCCUCUCCCCCACCUCCACCAAAUUUCGCAAAAAAUAUAUGUCCGCAAGACCAAACAUAUAUGGAGAUUUUUCAUACCAACUCCGGAGAUUGUGCUCUUAAGCCACUUUGUGCAGCAAAAUGUGCUGAAAUUGGAGCAUCAAGUGAAAGGACAGAGUGCAUGGGAAAUGCACAUAAUACAGGUAAUGGGCGUGCUUUAAAAUGGUAUGAACAAUGUUGCUGCAAACCUUUACCGCCAACCCCUCCACCCUCACCGCCACUACCAUCUUCAUUCCCACCACCACCUCCGCCGCCAUGUACAUGCCCCUCGCCACCUCCUCCAAGUUGUCAGGUGGAAAUCAAGUUUCAGAUCUCCCCCCCGACACCAGGCCAGGAACCAUGCAUGUACACAUGCACGCUAUCACGACCGUCACCACAAUCAUCUUCCCCAUGAGCGCUUGUAAUCCAUUCUUCUUCACAGUGUAAUAAAUAUAGUAAUAAUGCUUCCGCGUCAUCGCUUGAUCAUUGAUCGAUAUGUACUUGCUGGAAUUUCUCAAAGUAAGGUUCUUUCAUCAUUGAU